AUAAGAGGGGGUAGGUCAUCAGUGAUGGAGAAUCUGACCAGAAAGAGAAAAAUAAUAUUAAUUAAUUAAACAAAAUCCAAAAUCCGAAAUGCUUUAAUCACAAGCUAAAGCUACCAAUCAUUUUUCUUUGCGUAUCAAGUUGAGAGUCAUAAUAAGCAAGAAAGAAGAAAAUCCCAGGAGCUCUGCCCGCUAUUUCUUCAAAAUUUCAAGCCUUCCCAAGAUCAGUAAUUGGGGAAGGCGGGCAGAUUUGCUCCAAGUUAUUUUGAUUCUUUGAGAUCAACCACAGAGACUAUUCUUGUGAUUCUUUGGAAAAUCUUGUUGGGAAUUUUCUUUUUGUGUGAUGGGUGUUUCAGAUGAUUGUGAUGGUGGUUCAUUAUCAUCUUCACGGGGUUCACGGGGUUGGGGAGGUGGCAUUAAGAGCUUGACCAGGAGGAAACAGGUGGAUUCUGCUAAUGAUAAGAAAGGACCUCAAUUGGCCAAAGAGUUAUCUGUUCCCUAUCUUGUUGCAAUUGGUAACAUUUGGUUUUUCUUUCUUUAAACUAACUCCAAUAAUUGGUCGAUCUUCCCAUUUAUUAAUAUGGAUUUUAUUAUUUUGAAGCUGUUUGUUUUAGAUUAAUGUAUGCCCAGUAGUUGUAUGAUGAUAUUAACACAUUUCUAUCACCCAAGUCUACUGUCAAAUUUUAAUGUUCAACAGUUCAAAACUGAUUGAUUGGGACGCUACUUUAUUUUCUCUAGUUUGAGGCAGAAGUUGUUUGAUUACAUAAGAGAGCCAUUUAUAGUAGGGGUUGGCAAUUCGUGUCAUGGAACAAAAUUCUUUAUAUCAAAUAAUUAUCAAAUGUGAAUAAGCUAUAAUGUAUUUUUGUGAGUAAUUUUCUUUAAUUUCAACAAUAUACUGAAUAUAAACAGAUUAAUUCAUGUUAGUUUCGAGCGUGUUUAACCUAAUCAACGCAAAAAAUUGUUUUUGUCAUUCGGGUUCGAUCCACACCUAUUUUUCAUGACACUUACUCGUAAUAAUUCAUGUCGAGUUUGUGUUGUCGUGUCGGGUUGUGACAUGAAUUACCAUCCCUAGUUAUAUUGUCACCAUUGGAAAAGUAAAGAUGAUCAACAAAGUGCUGAUCACGAAAAGCAAAGGAGUUGGCUCAACAAUUGGAGCUGGAGUUUAUAUCCUAGUUGGAACAGUUGCUAGAGAGCAUACUGGACCAGCCUUGACCAUUUCAUUUUUAAUAGCUGGAAUAGCUGCUGCUCUAUCAGCUUUUUGCUAUGCAGAGCUCUCAAGUCGUUGCCCUUCUGCAGGAAGUGCCUAUCAUUAUUCAUAUAUAUGUGCUGGAGAAGGACUUGCUUGGUUGGUUGGUUGGGCUUUAUUACUGGAAUAUACACUUAGUGGGGCAGCUGUUGCUAGAGGAAUAUCUCCAAAUUUGGGAUUUCUUUUUGGAGGACAGAACAACCUGCCAGCUUUUCUUAGCCGUCAAUAUAUCCCUGGGCUUGACAUUACGGUUGAUCCCUUUGCUGCAGUUUUGGUAUUUGUUGUCACUGGGCUCCUGUCUGUGGGAAUUAAGGAAAGUACUCUAGCACAAGCUAUAGUGACAACAGCAAAUGUUUGCGUACUGCUAUUUGUCAUAAUAGCGGGUACUUACUUGGGUUUCAAGUCUGGAUGGGUUGGAUAUGAGCUUCCUACUGGGUAUUUUCCCUUUGGGGUUGAUGGAAUGCUUGCUGGAUCUGCUACAGUUUUCUUUUCGUACAUUGGCUUUGAUACAGUUGCAAGCACCGCUGAAGAGGUGAAAAACCCUCGACGAGAUUUACCUCUGGGUAUUGGAGCAUCACUUUCUAUCUGCUGUGCUUUGUACAUGUUGGUCUCUGUUGUCAUCGUCGGUUUGGUACCCUAUAAUGCAAUGGAUCCUGACACUCCCAUCUCUACUGCAUUUGCUAGCCAUGGGAUGGAUUGGGCUUCGUAUGUGAUAACUGUUGGAGCUGUUACUGCACUCUGCUCGACGUUGAUGGGUUCUCUCCUUCCUCAGCCAAGAAUUCUGAUGGCAAUGGCUAGGGAUGGGUUGCUGCCAUCAUUCUUUUCAGAUGUUAACGAGCGCACACAAGUUCCUAUAAAGAGCACACUGGUAACUGGAAUUGGUGCUGCAAUCUUGGCAUUCUUUAUGGAUGUUUCAGAAUUGGCGGGAAUGGUCAGCGUGGGUACACUUGUUGCGUUUACUAUGGUAGCAAUAUCUGUAUUAAUACUCAGGUAUGUCCCACCAGAUGAGGUGCCACUGCCACCAUCUCUUCAUGAGUCCAUUGAUUCAUUCGCAUUGCAGUAUGGUGAGAGUAGUAAGAAAAGCAACGGAAAAGAUCCCAAGGUUAUUGUUAUCUCCUCCAAGGAUAGUGCUCAACCUUUACUUGAUGAAGUAGAUGUCUCCGUGGAAAUUCCUUUGAUUGCCAAACAUCUACAUAUUGGCAACUAUGUUAUGAAUGAAAGUAAAAGGCGAAAAAUUGCUGGCUGGACGAUUAUGUUAACAUGCAUUGGGGAGUUUCUCCUUGCGUAUUCAGCUUCAAGUUUGGGCUUUCCAAGCUUUCUUCGGUACUCAUUGUGUGGAGUUGGUGGUGCUCUUAUUUUAUCUGGUCUUGUUGUGCUGACCUGUAUAGAUCAAGACGAUGCACGCCACAGCUUCGGACACGCAGGAGGUUUCAUUUGCCCGUUUGUCCCAUUGCUGCCUAUUGCUUGUAUCCUCAUCAAUGUGUACCUUCUGGUUAAUCUCGGAGCUGCAACUUGGGCGCGGGUUUCUGUGUGGCUGGUUCUAGGGGUCGUGGUCUAUUUGUUUUAUGGUCGUACACACAGCUCACUGCGAGAUGCAGUUUAUGUUCCGACUGCACACGCAGAUGAAAUUCGUCAUGGUUCAGCAAACUAUGUGGCUUAGUUCCCAUUGUCAAGGAAUUUCAUGUGAUCCAACCAAGUAUGGUUUGUAACAAAGGUGUUGUCUUGUUAAUAUUUACUUGCAUUAUUUAUUGCCGGAAGGACUACAAAAGUAGUCCACUCCUUUGUACGAUAGACCUUACAGAUAUCAUGUUUGUUCUUACUUGUAAAUAGAAUUUGCAACAAAAGUCUCACCACUUUUACUGAUUUCAUUAUACAAGUAUUUUAGAGCUC